UUUCAAUGGUUUUGUAGGUGAGGACUGGAUCGGAUUAUAUUACUUUACGUUCAAUAUAAUACUCCAUAAUGAGAUAUACACAAUAUAUAUUUAAGUGGUCCUAGUAGAAACUUGAGAAGAUUCGUCUGUUUCUCCGCGCCAGCAAAGCCAUUACAUCACUUCUUAACCAAAAAAGAAAAAAGAAAAAAAACCAUUACAUCACCUGCAUACACAUUCAAUGGUUCGUUGUCUAUAUAUAAACAAUUACUAGAAAGCAUACAUCAACCAUCAAUCAUAACAUAUAGUGUACAUAGAAUCCAAAGUUCAACGUCUUCUCAUCCUUAUCAGAAUUGAUUGAGUAGCAGCAGUAGUAGUAAAAAUGAAGAAAGCAGAGCUGGUGUUCAUCCCAUCCCCGGGAGUCGGUCACCUGGCAUCGGCAGUGGAGAUGGCCAACCUCCUCAUUUGCCGCGACGAACGGCUCUUCAUUACGGUGAUCAUAAUGAAGGCGCCAAUAUUUGACACCAAGACCAGUACUAUUCAUACCCAGUCAAUGUCUGAAGACGCAACCUCACGCGUACGUUUCAUUCAACUUCCUCAAAAAGAAUCAAGUUCAGAACACAAGCCCGGUGACUUUAUUGCCACCCUUAUAGAAAACAACAAGACUCGAGUGAGAGAUGUUGCGGUCGGAAUCCAAACCAAGAAUGGGCUUGCUGCGUUUGUUGUUGACAUGUUCUGCAGCGAGAUGAUCGAUGUGGCCGACGAAUUGGGGGUCCCAUCCUACGUCUACUUCACGUCUAGUGCUGGUUUUCUUGGCCUCAUGUUUCAUCUCCAGUCAAUCCAAGAUGACCAAAGCAAAGACAUUACUCAGUUCAAGGACUCGGAUACUGAGUUGUCAGUUCCAAGUUUUGCCAAUUCUGUUCCGUCUAAGGUCUUGCCAUCUCUGGUGCUGGACAACCAAGAUGAGUGCAGCAUGUUCCUAGCACAUGCCCGAAGGUUCAGACGGACUAAAGGCAUCAUGGUCAAUACGUUCACUGAGCUAGAAUCGCAUGCAGUGAAGUCCCUAUCUGACGGUAAGACCCCGCCAGUCUACCCGGUGGGACCUGUACUCAACCUCAAGAGUGGUGAGGGGGGCCACCAAUCCGACGCUAUAUUGAGCUGGCUCGACGAUCAGCCACUGUCGUCGGUGGUGUUCUUGUGCUUCGGGAGCAUGGGAAGCUUCGGUAAGGAACAGGUGAAAGAGAUUGCGGAUGCACUGGAGCGCAGUGGCUACCGUUUUUUGUGGUCCCUACGUCAGCCUCCACCAAAGGGAAAGGUAGAGCUUCCAAAAGAAUACGAGAAUCCACGGGAAGUCCUGCCGGAGGGAUUCUUGGAACGGAUGUCAGGGAUGGGAAAAGUGAUUGGUUGGGCGCCACAAGUGGCAGUGUUGUCACACCCGGCAGUGGGUGGGUUUGUGUCACACUGCGGGUGGAAUUCCACGCUGGAGAGUGUGUGGUGUGGAGUGCCCAUGGCAGCAUGGCCUUUGUACGCAGAGCAGCAAAUGAAUGCUUUUGCAAAUGUGAGAGAGUUGGGGAUAGCAGUGGAGAUCAAGAUGGACUAUAGGAAAGAUCCCAGAAGAGAAUUCAAUCAAGUGCCCUUAACGGCAGAGGAGAUAGAGACGGGGAUAAGAAAAGUUAUGAUGGAUGACGGGGAAAUUAGAAAGAAGGCGAAUGAAAUGAAAGAAAAGAGCAGAGAAGCCGUGACGGAGGGUGGGUCAUCCUACAUUUUUCUUGGACGUCUGAUUGAGGAUGUGAUUAAAAAUAUGGAUUAAUUUUGUGAUGUUUCUUGUUUUCCGAUUUUUUCGGACAUUUCCAUAUUUUGUGCAUUGUUUACUUUCUUGUUGAGACUAGUAUCAU